ACUCAUAUUUCAUUUGACUUCUCACAAAGGCCAUCCCUUACCCGAAAAAAAACGUUCUUUUGCCCUCUCCUCUUUUAUGAAACCCUAAAUUGCAGUGGACUGUGCAGGACCUUUUGCUCCCGUACCUUCUUUGCUUCGUCGCGUCUAUUGCAAUUCGCGAGCGAAACAUGCAGGCCAGUGAUAGAUUUAACAUCAAUUCCCAGCUUGAGCACCUUCAGGCUAAAUAUGUGGGAACUGGCCAUGCCGACUUAAACAGAUUUGAGUGGGCAGUGAACAUUCAGCGUGAUAGCUAUGCAUCUUAUGUUGGGCAUUACCCCAUUCUAGCUUACUUCGCUAUAGCAGAAAAUGAAUCUAUUGGGAGGGAACGCUACAACUUUAUGCAGGGUCUCCAGUCCUAGUUAUAUGAUUAUUGGAAAAUGCUACUACCCUGCGGCCUUCCUCCAGAAAGAGAAGAUGAUUGAGAUUGUUAUUAUUAAGUAGUUUAAAUUGUAGUUAAGAUUUCAAAUGACAAGACAUUGUAGGGUUAAACUAUACUAGUUCCUCGUCCUUUUUGUUAUAAAAACAAGGUCCAUUUCAUUCAUGGUUCAAAAAUUGUUUGUAAACUAUAAAUACAUAUAAUAGGUGUUGGCCCUGUAUUAUUUUCAUGGACUAAAAUAAUUAAGGAAUGGAAAUUUUCAUUAGUUAAUUUGUUUGAA